UUUUCUAAAGCUUGUGGACCAUAUGAUGUAUCACGUUGUUUGUUUCAUUAUGAGAAAGACGCGUUAUACAAUUAUUGCUGCUAUGCUGUGAUCUUCUUCUUCUCCCACCCUUACUAGACGUUUACACGAAAAGUAGAGAGCCAAUUAAGACGUGGCUCGUGAGAUUUCUUUAAUUUGGUUGGUUUUCAUCAAUAGCAUGAGUGGAAGAUUGAAACUAGCCGCAAAGACUCGCACAAAAGCGGGUCAAUGGGGGAAGAUGUAUAGGAAAUUCUAGCACCUCCGUGGAGUCUUUGGAUGAGGACCUGUGGUGGUAUGAAUGAAUUUUCCAAUGCACAGACCAUGUUUGGGGUACCCAUGCAUGUAUCCUUGCUUUAAAUCUCGGCCUGCUUUUACUAGUGUUCUUCUUCCAUUUCCAAUUUGAAGGUUAACCACCGUGCUAAAGCAAUUUUGGGAAUUUUGGGAUGGCUUCUGUCUCCAAGUCGUCUGUUUUCUUUCUGCUCUCGUACCUCGUGCUGCUUUGCUCGGCUAAAGAUGACAAUAAAGAAUGUACGAAGGAGUUUGAUUGUGGAAGACUGGGCAAGCUCCACUUCCCAUUAUUCUCCAAUACCUCAAACCCAGAUUGCGGCUUAUUCAUAAAAGAUUGCGACACAAAUACUCCGAAGAUCCAACUUGGAGUUGGGGGCAGUGAAAGAUCAUAUGAAUUUGUACGCUUCUCGCCGCCAAAUGUCAUAUUUAAACUGCUUCCCGGCAAAUGCGAUUCCCUAACCAAUUUGAGUCUUCCCAGCUUUCCAUCCUUCCCUCUUGAGAUCCCCACACAAAAUCGGACCCUGUAUAAAUGCAAACAAAACCACAAUAUUUCUCGCCUACCAGAAAGUUUUAAAAGUCUUGGCUGCAAUAAUAAUGAGUAGGAAAUCUGGCAUAGUCCUUCACGGGAGAGGCUUCCGGAUGCUUCUAAAUGUUCAAUUAUUCAGCUCCCAAUAGGCGAUGAAGGCUUGUUAAAACCCUUUGAGUUCGUACUUCAAGUGCGUUGGUCUAAGGAUUGUUUGGAGUGCCAUAGAGGAGGUGGUCAUUGUUGGCCUCGCAACGGUACUGUUCAUUGUGACAAAGGUCCUACUGUGAAAGGUACGACUGUCGAAGUAAUAAAGAGAAACUAUUUGGGAUACACACAACACAAGUAUGGAAAAUGAAUGUAGAUUUCUUUAAUUUUUGGAAGUUUUAGUUAUACCAAAUUCAUGUACAGCAAGAUUAAUUUGCUGUAUCUUAUUUCAAGUUUAGGUUAAGGAGGAAUGAAUAGCUGUAAUUUUGUUCCUAUGAAACGAUUUACAUGAGAUACACGAGCUGCUUCUGACAUUGCUUUGUAAAAAGAAUUUCAAAGGAUGCCAAUUCAAUUCUGCGUCAGUACGUUUAUUUUCAUUUUGUAAACUAACAUAAUGACUGCUUUGUUGUUGUAUCUUCUUUGCAGAGAAGAAAAGGAAAUGGGUGAUACCAUUAAUAGCCAUUUUAUCUAUUGGAAUUGGGGUUCUGACCAUGGUUAUAAUCUACUGCUUGAGGAGAAAGUUUCCUUAUUUUUGGAAGAAGGAAAGUGUGUCUCAUCAAAAUAUCGAGGACUUUCUAAGGAGCUUUGGACCUCUUGCUAUAAGAAGAUAUAGUUAUUCAGACAAGAAAAUAACCAACUUUUUCAAAGAAAAAUUAGGCCAAGGAGGCUAUGGCGGUGUCUACAAGGGUAAGCUACAAGAUGGUUGUCUUGUGGCAGUGAAGGUUUUGAAAGAAUCAAGAGAAAAUGGAGAGGAAUUCAUUAAUGAGGUUGCAAGCAUUAGUAGGACCUCCCAUGUCAACAUUGUCACUCUUAUGGGCUUUUGUUUUGAGGGUUCCAAACGAGCACUCAUUUAUGAGUUUAUGCCUAAUGGAUCACUUGAAAAGUUUAUAUACAAGAAAUAUCCUUCAAAGGUUGAUCAUCAAUUGGAGUGGAAAACAUUAUACAAGAUUGCAGUUGGGAUAGCUCGAGGACUAGAGUACUUGCAUAAAGGUUGCAAUGCACGAAUCUUGCAUUUUGAUAUAAAGCCUCACAACAUUCUUUUAGACAAGAACUACCAUCCAAAAAUAUCUAACUUUGGUCUUGCAAAGAUAUGUUCAAGAGACGAGAGUAUUAUAUCUAUGUUGGGCACCAGAGGGACUGUAGGAUAUAUUGCUCCAGAAGUAUUUAGUAGAAAUUUUGGAGGGAUCUCUCACAAGUCUGAUGUUUAUAGUUAUGGAAUGAUGGUUUUAGAAAUGGUUGGGGGUAGAAAGAAUAUAGAUAUCGAGGGUGAUCGUACUAGUGAAAUAUACUUUCCUCAUUGGGUUUACAAGCGUCUUGAACUAGAUGAAGAACUAAGCCUGCAGAACCUCGUGAUGAAUGAAGAGGAUCGUGAAAGUGCAAAGAAGAUGAUAAUUGUGGGUUUGUGGUGCAUACAAAUCGACCCUUCAAACCGGCCAACAAUGGGCAGAGUUGUGGAUAUGUUGGAAGGGAGUUCUGAGUACUUGCAAAUCCCACCCAAGCCUUUCUUGUCCUCCCCAUCAAGAUCACCUCAGACAGAAUCGUCAUUUGAUUCUUCCACGACAAUGGAUUUCUUACAGGUUGAAUCUAUAGGAUGUUCCUAGAGAAUGAUAUUUUCUUUGAAACUGAAAUCUCAAUGUAGGUCAAUCAUCCAUUACAUAAUGAGAUUUUGAAUGUCUUGACUUACAUGAUCAUAAUCCUUGGAUCCUUUUCACAGCUUAUAAAAUGAUGUGUUGGUAGU